AUGUGGGAACUGACAGCCCUCCUGCUCCUGGUUCCAAGCAGUGGGCAAGCUGCUACUCUGGAGAAGCCCAUAUUGUCUCUACACCCACCCUGGACCACAAUCUUCAAGGGGGAAAGGGUAACCUUGCGGUGUGAUGGGUACCACCCUCUGCUCCUGGAGCUCCGACCCAUCAGCACUCUCUGGUAUUUGGGUCACCUACUCCUGCCCUCUCACAAGAAGAGCAUCGAGGUGCAGACACCAGGGGUGUAUCGAUGCCAGACACGGGGAGCACCUGUCAGUGACCCCAUCCACCUCUCUGUAUCCAAUGACUGGCUGAUCCUGCAAGUACCCUAUGCUGCGGUGUUCGAGGGCGAGCCGCUGGUCAUGCGCUGCCGCGGUUGGUACGACAAGGUCGUCUACAAACUUCACUACUACCACGAUGGCCAACCCGUGCGCUACUUCCACUCCAGCGCCAACUACACGGUGCCCCAGGCGCGCGCCAGCGAUAGCGGGCGCUACCAGUGCUCCGGCACCAUGCGCAUCCCGGUGGAGAGCGCGCCCAUGUUCUCCGCCAAGGUGGCCGUGACCGUGCAAGUCGCGCCGUGCGCCGCUUCGACUGGGGCGCCGAGUACACCGUCCCCGAGCCCGAGGUCGAGGAGCUGGAAUCACACUGGUGCGAGGUUGCUACCGCCAGCCGCAGCGUCCGGAAACGCAGCCCUUGGCUGCAGCUUCCGGGGCGGGGUUCUCCCCUGGACGUGGCGUCCACCACCGUCCCGGUCCCACAGGCUGCGGCUUUGGCGCCCGGUAACAAGCCGCUUUCCUUCAGAAAGCCCCCGCUGUCCAUAUCGGUCCCGUCGGUCACCUCCGUCCCUAACACCACCUCAGCCGGGCUGCUGUUCCCCGCGGGCGGAGCCCCCACUGCUGGGCCACCGGCCUGCGCUCCGCUGACCCCCUUGGAACAAACCACUGGAGCCCUAAAACCCGACAUGGACCUUCUGCUCCGAGAAAUGCAGCUGCUCAAAGACCUUCUCAGCCGGGUGGUCCUG